CAGUAGAGCAGUUUCAGCAGUUUUUGUUUUUCCUCUUUCUUCUUAUUUUCCGGGAGUUAAAGUGAAACUGCAGCUGCUUCGCUGUUUACAUUGUUUUUAUUUUUCUCUGAAUAAUCGAGAAAUCAUCGCUGGAGGCGUUCGGGAUGUCAGCUGUUAAGAUGAGCGAAGGCAGCGUGCGGGUGGAGAUCUGCAAAGCUCCGCUUUUCUACAGACUAAGCGAGCCGUCCACGGGAGACGCAAAGAUGUCGGUUCUUCUUCUUCAUGGUAUCCGUUUCUCAUCGAAGAACUGGCUCAACAUUGGCACUCUGGAGACUCUGGCCAAAGCCGGCUUCCGAGCGGUCGCCCUCGACCUGCCAGAACUUGGUCAGUCCAAGUCAGCCAAAGCCCCGGCAGCAGUGGGAGAACUGGCUCCCGCAGCAUUCCUGAAGGAAUUGUGUGAACAGUUAAGCUUGAGCCCCGUGGUGGUGAUCAGUCCGUCACUCAGUGGGAUGUAUUCCCUCCCUUUCCUCAUGGAGCAUCAGCCUCUAAUCCGAGCCUACGUCCCUGUAGCGCCAAUCUGCACUGAAAAAUUCACUGCAGAGCAGUACCAGAGUGUCAAGGUCCCGACGCUGAUUGUUUACGGCGACCAGGACACUCAGCUCGGAGAGGUGUCGCUCCGUAACCUGAGCAAUCUGACCAAUCACAGAGUGGUGGUGAUGAAGGGAGCGGGACACCCGUGUUACCUGGACGACCCAGACACCUGGCACAAAGCUCUUACUGACUUUCUCGCUACUCUGUGAGCCUCUUCACUCUGUUUCAAGCAGAGAGAUUCCCAACAAACACAUGAAGGUGUCGGAGGAGCCUAACAAACUAAUCAUUCACGUGAAGAUCCUCGUGCACUACGUGAUUGUGACAGUUUAACGAUGCCUGCAAAUCAAAUCACAAGAGGGUUUGUCUAUUUAUAAAAUUCCAAAAAUUACCAGCCCUCGGCCUCUGUGAGCACUUAAAAAAAUGUCCACAAUGUGAUGCCUCUCCAUUCGUAGCUAUCCUGUUAACAAUCAGGGUUAACAUGACCAGAUCAAUGCCGAUUACUUACAUAUACCUUUAUUUUUCCAUAAUGUUUUUUACUGUUACUGCUGUUGUAUGGUUUGUAUCAGUAACUGUACAAUCUUAACAUCUGGAACGACGCGUUUGUAACCAAAUGAAUAACAGCAUUCUUUUUUGUAUUAAAAACCUUAAGAGAGAUAAAAUAAACUUACAGAACUCACAA